CUACAAUAUCCAUCAGAAAAGUCCAAAGAGAUUCAGAUGACUGAUAGUAAACGUGAACCUGCGAGAGAAUCCCCUCCCCGACAUUCAGACAAUUCCAAAUCUCCAGAUGCUCGCGAAUGUGACAGUGGCAGAGCCGACAAAGUCGAGGACGGUCCCGGUCAAGCGGUCAGCGAGACGCCGACUGACCCGAAGGUCUCGGCCCGGGUUCGGAGAGAAGCGCAUGCUGUCAGCACGCUGCCCGAUGGAGGCGAGCGCCGAGCCGCUGGGAGGGAACCAACGGGCAAAGUAUGCAGCGGCCUUCUUGUCUAUCCACCGGAACUGGGUGGACGUCCCCGGGACCCGUGCGUCCCCGGCGGUCUGCUCGGCUCCGCCCGGGCGAACGCUUGGGACCGUUGCGCCGCCGCGCCGGGUCGACGGACAAGGCUGCCGGCUCCUUGUAGGACUCCGGGGUUCCCCGUCGGCCUUCGCCCGCACACGCCGCUACAGGACAUGGUGACCCUCUCCCCGUUUGGAGGCUUUCUGUUUUAUCCCUACUCCAGCUUCUCUGCAGCGUCGGCCCAGUAUUUCGUCCCGCCGCCGUCGGCCACAGUGGAUUACAGAGCCUAUCCGGGCGUCCACAGCCCGAACUGCUUCCCCUCUCCCACGAUGCCUUCCUCUCUUCCUGCUCCAGGUGGAUUGAAAUAUCUCGGCCCAGAGUUCUUACCGCUACGGGAAACCGACCAGAAUGACUCGGCGGAAGAAGCUGAAGUUGAUUGACAUGGUUUUGAAUGCUGAUUUGAGAGCAGUUCCUUUCUGAUGUAACGACCCCCGCCCCCCGCCUGCAUGCGGUCCCACAGAAUGCAAACAGAUGCACUGGAAGGCCUUUCUGGGGAGUGACACCGAAGUCCAAUUGAAAUUAGUCCAGCGGCGAAGUCUACAUCUGCAUCUUAUCGCUUUCAUGACGGUAGACUGAAAGACUGUGUGGCAGUGAGCUUUUUAUUUCAUGUCUGUAAAUGUAACUUAGUUUAUACACCCUUUUAACAUCUGAUGUGAUAUUACAAAACUGAGAUGGUGCGUAGUGAUUCAUGAAAGGUGCUAAAUUAACGGCUAUUCCAGCCAAUUUGUGUACUAGACGCACACAUUUGAAAUGAAUGUUGUGAAACCUGUCCGCUUUCUUUGCAUUCAUGGGAUCUAUUUGUCCAUGAGAUUUUGUUUUUUUUCCUGAAAAACCGCCACCCAAUAAAUGAUAUAUUUAUCCAAAGACCAGAA